CUCGCGGCGCACCGAGUCUCCGCGGCACAUGAACCGCUGACACGCGCUCCGGAUCGUAACACACUCCGACUGCACGCGCUUUUUGAAUAUAUACACACACACCGGAUAAACUCAUCUCGUAUAUAUUUUUGCUAUUGCUGAUCUCUGUCAAUAACUUUUUAUAUACAUAUAUAGAGUUUAUAUAUAUUUUAAUUUUUUUUUUAACUUCACAUCUACCGGACACGGAAAGUUACCAAUGAUCCAUGCUGAGAUGGACUUUACCGGCAGGUACGAGCGGAACUGAACUUCUGAUUACCGGACCGACACUCCCUACACGUGAGACAAGAAAAGGAAAAGAAGAAAAGAGAGAGAGGGAGAGAGAGAGAAAGGGGGAGAGAAGCGCCUGUGGAAUUUGAAGGCGGCGAGGAAGAGUCGCAUCCCGCGUGCAAAUUUAAUCUUUCCGCGCUCGAAGCGAGAGAGAGAGAGAGAGAGAGAGGCGUGCGCGCGCGCGGCGGAGCCAAAACCGCAACAAAAAAAAAAAAAACCUAACAAACAAAAUAAAAAAACAAGCGUGCGGGGGAAUUAGGAAGGGAGCAAAACGGACAGAGAUCCGCAGCCGCUUGUUCGCAUUCAAUCCAGGUUUAUUGAGGAAGAGCCUGAUGUGGCUCCCAGCGGCACAGUUUUACUGCGCUGAUCUCUCGUGUCACUGGGAGCGCGAGACUCCCCCAGGAUUUUGCGCGUGAGGCCUCGGCGCCGAGUUUCGGACUGGACCGGCGAGUGCUGGAAAACAGGUGGAUCUGACCAAGAUGUCCGUGCUGCCUUCGAGGUUCAGCUACGUGUGUUUACAUUUUCUGGUCCUCUACUUCCAGUUACAGGAGUCGCACCAGAGUUCGGCAGACUUCCGCUUCUACAUCGAAAACCACACACGCGAUGACGUGAGUCGGAAACAGGUGCGGAUAUACCAGCUGUACAGCCGGACAACGGGGAAGCAUGUACAGAUCCUUGGCAAGAAGAUCAAUGCUAACGGAGACGAUGGGGGCAAGUACGCUCUCCUUGUAGUUGAGACAGAAACAUUUGGGAGUCAUGUACGAAUAAAAGGAAAAGAAAGUGGCUACUAUAUCUGCAUGAACAAGAACGGCAAAAUCAUUGGCAAGCUCAAUGGGAGUAACCCAGAGUGCGUGUUCGUGGAGGAGUUCUUGGAAAACAACUACACGGCGUUAGUGUCUGCCAAGUACAAAGGCUGGUACCUGGGCUUCAACCGCCGGGGCCGGCCCAAGAAAGGCUCACGGACCACACAGACACAGCAGGAAGUGCAUUUCAUGAAACGCGACCCUAAGGGCAAGGUGGACCCUCAGGAGGAGUUCCGUUUCACCACUGUAACGAAACGGACGCGUAGGGCACGGCGCUUAAGGCCAAACCACAAAACAAACUGAAGUGGCACGGACCGAGCAUGCACUCUUCCUUUACAGACAUCUCAAACGUCUUGCCUUAAGAAAGCAUAAAAGUUAUUUUGAUUAAGCAGCAUGAGAGGAAAGCUGAAAGAUGGCUACAGGACAAAAAAAAAGAGACAAAAAUCUUAAAAAUGUUCAAAGAUAUUUUAUUUUUAUAUUUUUCCAGAUCUCUGAGUCUCUCUUAGGUGUUUGAAUGUCUUUGGGUUAUCAGUAAUGUUAUAUUGUGUCUGUUACUCUCUGUUAUUUAUAUUGGACAAAUUAUGGAUGACAAAAAAAAAAAAGAAACUGUGGUCUCCCACUUUGACGAGUUUACAGCAGCAGGCAUCCUGUUGAAAAGGAGAGAUUUGACUCCCAAUAUCCCAAAAAUAGAUUUCAUUUUGAAUUGGCCCAAACAACAAGGAUCCGUUUUUUCCCCCCCGCUGGAUUGGGCUAUCAUUUAAAUGCAAGAGGAGCGUGAUAACAGGGUCACAUGGCAGGACUCACAGCUUCAACACACCAGCUUCAACACAGGCCAACACUAGCUUUGAGUGCAAUAUUUUGAAGGGCCCGUCCAUGAAGCAUCUCAUUGCCUUCAUUUCUGGUCAGUGAUUUUUUUUUCUGUGAGCUGUCUUGAGCGUUUUCUCUAGGCCUGUCUGCGGGUGAAGUGUGCUUAAUCACACCCAGCAAUUGUAUGAUUCCUUUUUUUUUUUUUUGUACAUUUUUGUGCAACCUGUGAUUCAGCAGAGCACAACAUGCUUUGACUAGCCAGGCAUCAGCAUCAGCUAUGGCGGUAGUGCUUGUUAAAACAAAUGAAGAGAAGCUUGGAGUUGAAGGGACUCGAAGAGCAUAACACGUCGAUUUGAUGAGAACCUUUUCACCUUUUUUUGUUUUGUUUUCCACUGUAUUUCAGUGCAAGGUUUACAAAAAUGCACUGUAGUGACAGUGGGCCUGUUCUCAAACACUAGCACAUGCAUAUGUACUUCUAUUAUUUUUACUUCAAAGUUUUACAGUAAUUCAUAGUACUAUACAGUAGUUUCUUUUAAAGAAUUACAACAAAAAUCAGUUAUAAAGACCCCCCCCCCCCACUCUGUAGGAAUAACUAUCAGAUUAUUCUGUAUACCAGAGUUCCAUUUGUAAACUCCUUGUUUGAUGGUUUAGACAACACCAUGCUGUAUAUGUACUUAUUGUUCAAAAAGGCUUUAUAUCUGACCAUUCUGAAUUGAGCUACAAUGAGGAAAGUGGAACACGUUUCACUGAACUCACCUGUGCUAAGGUUCACCCUUCAUAUGGGUGUCGCUGUAGUGUAAACAAAUCUAUAUACUCCUUUGUCACAUGACAGGUUUCUAAGAGAUACUACUAACAAACAUGACACAUUUAUGGUAAAAAAAAAAAAAGUAUGCAAAAAAUAAUAAUUUUAUGACUAUUAUAAAAAAUAUUUAUUGCUUUUCUCUGUAAAUACAGCCUGAUGAAUUUAUUUGACCUCUUAAUAAAAAUAAGGACUAUAUUAAAAAACAA